AUGAGCCGAACACCGCACCCCGGCGCGAGCAAGCCUCCUCCUCAAUCCCCAAAACAGCUCACGAUUUCAGAGCAAAAGGUCAAGGUACCAGUACUGCAGCCACCACCGCCCCUUGUUGAGGUGAACCACCUCAUGCGGCACAUCGACCGGGCUCCGCCAGGCGACAUGGCCCGCAGGAGCAGGACGCCGCAACCGAGAGAAGAGCUCACCAGACACAAAAGCAAGCGCAACUUCUUCGAAGACGCCUUCUCCGACAACCCACUCAGCCUAGCCCGGGAGCGCGUCCACGGCGACGCCAUCGUCCUUGCCGAGGUCAAGACCAACGUCCGCGACGAAUUCACCUUCAUCACCGAGCUGGCGUACCACCUCUCGACGCGCUACCAACGGCCCGUCUCCUCGGUCGUCGUCACGCUGCGCCACGGCGCGUGCAUGUUCUGGGGCGGCUCCUUCGACCCGGCCUACGUCAUGUCCGUGGUUGCGCUGCCGUCCCAGCUGCAGCCGACCACCAACCGGCGCAAUGCCGCCCUGAUCCAAAGGCACAUGGAGGAGACACUUGGGGUGCGUCCCGCGAGGGGGGUGCUGCGGUUCGUGCCUGUUGCGGAGGAGGGUUGGGUCUGUGGGGGGAGGACGGUCGCAGGGGAGGUGGAGGCGUUGGAGAGGGGGGUUGGUAGGGGGGUUGGUGGGGGUGGUGAGGGUGGUGAGUUAGCUGCGGCGGCGACGUCCAUCGCCGCCCUUCGACCUGCAUCAACCACGGUGGGGUUGCCCACACCAGAAUUAACGCCACCCGGUAGCGGCGACGAGGGUUUAUCACGGAUGCCGGAAGCACGCCCCAAGAAGGAACAGGGAAGUGAGGCGGGUGCUGCUUCUCAUUCACCGCAGAGAAAAGCGGCGCAACGGAAGAAGAGCUUCGUGGCUACCAUUUUUGGCCGGUCGGGCAGUAAGCCUUUAUAUGACGCGUCUCUGCCGGCGAUUGCAGAUGAGGCGUAA